UUUACUGAUAUCCAUGCACCGUAAACGUUGCCCAUGGAAACCUCGCAUGCAGUUUUGGAGUUGUUGAUAUCGAUUGCUGUGGCACAAAGCUCGACCAGUCUAACGGUGUCAGUUUAGUAGGUACAUUUUCUGCAAAUUUCUCCAGGAUGUCCCGUCGUCACUGCGAUGACCUGGUCAAUCAAAACCUGGUUCUUUUUGGACCAGGUCGUCCCAAGUACACUCCACGUGACUGGGACUUGAACAACCGUACCAAAAACGUGUUUUCGCUCAAUCAACAAACGCUGGCCGAACGAGUAAUUUGCGAAAGUGAACGCCUAAUCGAUGAAACCAAAUUUACCACCGAAUUAAACAAAAAUGAGUCGGAUUACCGGUUGAAGGAACGCAUUGAGGACAUCCGGUUCCGUCAGGAUGAGCUUAAAAAGCAGAAGAAAGACGCUCACAUCGAAGAGGAGGCCCUCAAGGUGUACAAGCAGCGAACGCUGGACGCGAUCAAUACCCUACAGGAGAUUGCCGUGCCGAUCUGCCAGAAGUGUGUCAUCAUGCGGGAGAUGCGCCAGGGAGUUGACCUGGUGCUGGACGACGUGGACAGGGAACUGCGCAAAGAACUGGAUGUGAUAAAUGGGGCCAUCGAGUUGUUACAUAAACUCAUGGAGCAAGGCGUGGAACAGCUGCGUCGGCUGAGGGCGACCAUUUAUCUGCUGGAUCGAGAUUUGUCCAAUAAGGAGAAAUCGGUACAGAUCGAUGAAAAGAAUGUCGAACUAAGACAUAACCAGAUGGGGAUGAAGGUGUAUGACGGGACGGUGCCACUGGAUCCUUAUAACAACACCGAUCCGGAGUGGAUCGAAGUAACGAACACCAACAUUGAGAAUACCGCAAAGGAAAUCAAUUCGGCGCAAACUUUGCGUUCGUACAUCGACCAAGUGCUUAAGCAAGCCGCCGAGGACAUCCGCCAUCAAGUAGAUCGCACUAACGCGGCCUUCUGCAAACGAAUAGCCGAGGUUCGCUACACCAAAACCAAGUUGGAGAAUGUCCACAAGGAAACGGUUCAUCAGGUCAACGAACUCACUCGCACGGUCACCAAGUUGGAGAAGGAAAUUGCCGAAAAGGAGGGUUACGUAGCGCUGGCACAGGUACGGAUGGCAAACCGAGCUCACCGGCCCGGCAUUGAACUAUGCAAGGAUAACGUUUACAACAGUCUAAAGAAGGAGUUGGCGGCGUUGCGCGAAACGGUCGCCAAGUUGGACCACAUGCUAGUGCAAUCUCGAGCCACGCUCAGGUAUCUGCUGAACACACAAGUCAUGCAAGAAGAGGAAAUCAAUUUGAAAACAAACUCGCUGAAAAUUGACGAAGUGGAUUGCAUGACUCUGAGGGAGAGUUUGAAUUUUCAGAAUUUCUAGGAUUUUUAUAAUUAUAACGAUUUAGUGAGGUGUGCACUGGAUUUCUUUCGUGUCUUCAGAAAAUAAAUCGACUAGUGUUUGCAACCGACAGUCUUGUUUUUUAAAGUAUUUAUUUAUCUAUUGGAGUUUUGGAUAAAAGUCAGCAGUUUAGACUUUUAAAUAUA